UUAAGUAUUUAACCAACCACUAUUUGGUAUUGUAUGAGGUGGAGAAGCACGUAGGCUACUUUUUAUCCCGGUCAUUGAAUAAAAUUGGGUCACGCGGAUGAAAUCGAGGAUAAAAGCUAAUCAAUGAAUAGAGGACGAUUUCUGCGAUUACUAAAUAAGGCGUUGAAGAUGACGAGUUCCAUGGAUAUCAUAAGAGAUUUAAAGUACGUGACAAAGUUUCAAAUAUCAUAAACGCAUAAAUCAUACAGGAUUAGUCUUGUAUAUUUACGUGGAACUGGUAAUAUGCUAACAACGUACAAGAUAUAUGAACUUAGAUGCAAACUGCCCUGCCAAGUGUCGACAAGUAGUCAUUGUCAAGCUAUAUAGAAUAGAGUAUGUUUGUACCAUUUAUCUGUUUGGGUUCAAACUUCCUCAGGCAUACAGGCUUUGAUAUUAUAUACCUUUUAAUUGUUAAUCAAUUCUAACAAAAGUGGAAAUAAUUUAGAUCAAAUCAUGAUUAUCCUGGCCAUAUUUAUGUUAAUAUUUGGUGUCUACUUGAUAUACUGGACGAUGUACUUCCGUCGCAUGAACAAAUUGACCGCAUCACUACCGGAGCCUCUGACAUUACCUCUUCUCGGGAGCGCUAUGAACUUCAUGGGAAAUAGUGAGAAAAUGUUUCAAAAUAUCCAAGAAUUGGUUAAUUUAGCAUUUCAACAUAAAGGUUGUGUUAAAGUUUGGCUUGGUCCAAAAUUGUAUGUCGCUAUCGCUAAUCCAGAAGAUGCACAGGUGGUUUUAGACAAUUGCUUGGAUAAAGACAAAGUAUAUCGUUUUUUAAGACCUUGGUUAGGACACGGUCUCUUUAUUGCACCAGUGGACUUAUGGAAAACACAUCGAAAAGUUUUGCUACCAAUAUUCCGUAACAAAAUUGUAGAAGAAUAUUUGGACGUGAUUAGUGAACAAGCCAACAUUUUACUUGAAAGACUUGAAGAAAAGUUGGAUAAAGGAAAGUUCGACGUUCUCAAAUAUAUCACUGCGUGCACAUUAGACAUUGUAUUUGAGACAGCGAUGGGUGAGCGCAUGGACGUCCAGCACAAACCAGAUACACCCUAUCUACAAGCGCGGGAAACAGUGAUUACAAUAAUAAAUAAGAGGUUAUUCAAAGUGUGGCUACAGCCGGACUGCCUCUUCAACCUUACUUCGUAUGCCAAGCAACAGAAAGACAAUAUUGACCUCACGCAUAAGUUCACUGACGAGGUAGUCCAGAAAAAACGUUUCGAAUAUGAAAAGAAAAUUAACAAGGAAUCUCAUGUGCAGUCGUCAGGUAAACUUCAAGCGGUCCUGGAUUUACUGUUCAAUCGAGAGAUAGAGUUUACCAACGAAGAACUGCGUGAGCACAUAGACUCUAUCACCAUUGCUGGCAAUGACACUACAGCGCUGGUCAUCGCGUACACUUUGGUAUUGUUAGGUGUUCAUCAAGACGCACAGCAGAGAGUACUGCAGGAACAAGAGGCGAUCUUCGACAAAUCGAAACGAGGAGCCAACAGAGAAGAUCUUCAAAGAAUGAGCUACUUGGAGCGAGUUGUGAAGGAGAGCAUGAGACUCUAUGCAGUGGUCCCGAUUAUAGCUCGUAAUAUUCACGAAGAUAUUUACCUUCCGGUGUGUGAGACAACAUUACCAGCUGGAACUGGAGCAGUGAUAGGUGCGUUCGCUAUGCACCGAUCAGAGGCAGUAUGGGGGCCCACUGCUAACGAGUUCGACCCUGAUCGUUUUCUCCCAGAGCGAUCAGUUGGACGACAUCCCGCGGCGUUCAUACCGUUCAGUUAUGGGUCAAGAAACUGUAUAGGUCGUAAUUUCGGUAUGAUGAUAAUAAAGAGCAUAUUAUCGACUGUGCUGAGAUCAUAUCAAAUCGAAGCGCAACCAAUCAAUAAACUUAAAAUGGAAAUGCUAUUGUUUCCCACAGAAGGUCAUCAAAUUAAAAUUUCAAAAAGAUAAAUCUUGUUUUAAAUAUUGUUUAUAAUAAAAACUUAUUUCAUGUUAUGAAUAAAAUAUGUAAUUA